UCUCAAUCGUUAUCCUCUCACAGCAGAGGAUAGAUAUGUCAUUUCGUACAAGAAUCGGUCGGAACAGUUUCAUCUACGAUGUUCCAGUGUUCUCCAAUGGAAAAUUCCAAAUAGUUCAAUGGUGUAAUAGUGGUGUUCGAUCGAGAGGUUUGUCAGUGAAUGGUGAAGUAUGAAGGGAUGGAGGACGAGACUAUGGAUAUCUCGUCUGAGUUUGGAAUAGCCACGGUUGGGGAGUAUAUCUUGAAAGGGAAAGUAGGAGAAGGUCCCCAAUCGAUCGUCUGGAAGGGGCAGCACCGAUUCAGCGGGGAAGAGGUGGCAGUGAAGCAAAUCGAUCUCUCGAAGUUGAACAGAAACCUCAGGUGUUGCUUGGACUGCGAGCUCAACUUCUUGUCCAGUGUCAGUCACCCCAAUAUUAUUCGCCUUAUAAACGUUUUUGAGGUUGAAGCGUGCAUAUACCUGGUCUUGGAGUUCUGUGCAGGGGGUAAUCUAGCUUCUUUCCUUCGGAAGAAUGGGAGGAUUCAAGAAUCAAUUGUCAGAAGAUUUACACUGCAGCUUGGAGCUGGUUUGCAAGUUCUGCGAGCCCACCACAUUAUCCAUCGUGAUUUGAAACCUGAGAAUAUUCUCCUCUCUACCCCUGACAGUGAUGCAGUAUUAAAGAUUUCUGAUUUUGGUCUCUCAAGAAUUUUACAUCCAGGUGACUCUGUUGAGACUGUUUGCGGGUCCCCUAUGUACAUGGCUCCUGAAGUUCUGCAAUUCCAAAAAUAUGAUGAGAAGGUUGAUAUGUGGAGCAUUGGUGCAAUUCUUUUCGAGCUUUUGAAUGGGUACCCACCUUUUCGUGGGAGGAAUAAUGUGCAGCUGCUACAGAACAUUAACAAGACUGCAUGCUUGCCAUUUUCUCAGCUCGUCCUCCCUGGAUUGCACCCAGACUCGAUAGAUAUUUGUAAAAGAUUACUUUGUAAAAAUCCAGUGAAUCGUUUGUCCUUUGAUGAGUUCUUCUACCACGAAUUCUUGAGAAGAUAAACAAUUUGCUGGAGUUGCAAUCCUUUGAAAAAGAGUAUUUAUAGCAGACCACAAUUUUUAAGGGUUUUUUUUUUUUGGGGGGGGUGGGGGGGUGGGGAUGGUGGUUGGUGGGCGUGGUUGGGGAGAGGGAUAAGUCAGGAUACUGUUAAGAAUUCAGAUCAACUGUCCAGUUUAAACUGAGCAAUUUCAUUUCUCAAUCAUUAUUUCGGUUAUGAUGCUGAGCGGUAAAUUUUUUUUUCCAUUGAUGAGUUCUUCCAGACCAUUUGUUGUAGGUAGUAACAACCCUACUUAAAUGCAAAUAAAGGACUACUGUUUUGAAA